AUGUCUGCUAGUGACCUCCACAUCCGAGUCUUAUAUCGUUACGGCGAAAUGAACGCAAAAGUCCGUAGAUCACGUCUAUGUCUAUCAUGUUUAUUGCUUUUCGACGAUCUUUCCUUUUUAAUUUAUCUCUCAAGUGAUUUUCUUUUUUCUCCUCCAUUUUCUUUUCAUUCUUUGUUUUUCCAUCUAUUUUUUAAUUCUUUUCUCUUAACUUUUCCUUCUUUUUCAAUUCCUAUUAAUUUCAUCGUCCCACAUUCAUUUCGUCUUUUCUUUCUUUCAUUAUUUCUUAUAACAUCGACCUUUUCACGCCAAAUUCCUUUCUCCUUCCUUUUUUUCUCCCAAUUCCUUACCGGACACAGUUCCUUAUCUUCCAUUUUAUUAAAUCGAUCGAGUUCCUAUACUAUUAACAUCUAUCCUCUUUGCUCCUUUCGUAAUCUACUGAUAUUUUAUUUAUCUAUUCAUUUUUGCUGUACUUUUCCUCUUCGAUAUUGCCUGACAUAG